AUGGCCCCGCGGCCCCGAGCCAGCGGCGCCGACACGGACGCGUCCAUGUCCGACGCGCCCGACUACCAUCGUGGCGACGAGAUGGAAGUUGACGAAACUCCCGAUUAUACUGACUCGGACACCAAUCCCAACACAACGGCCAGCAGCGUGGCUGGCGACCCCAUAUCAGAUGGCCGCAAGCGCCGCUCCGAGGCAAACCAAUUGCGUCGGAGCAUAUUUGGCAAGAAACACGACCGACUCGGCGAGUCCAAGGAGGAUGACACGAUCCGCCGAUUUAGAUACCUCCUGGGUCUGACGGACCUCUUCCGCCACUUCAUCGAGACCAACCCGGACCCCAAGAUUCGCGAUAUUAUGGCCGAGAUCGAUCGCCAGAAUGCCGAAGCUGCUCGAGGCAAAAAGGGCGGCGCCAGGCAGGGCGGUGCAACCAGCGAGAGGCGACGGCGGACCGAGGCCGAGGAAGAUGCCGAGCUACUCAAGGACGAGAAGCAUGGAGGCUCCGCCGACACAGUCUUUCGCGAGUCGCCCUCCUUCAUUCACGGCCAAAUGCGAGACUACCAGGUUGCCGGGUUAAACUGGCUCAUCUCGCUGCACGAAAACGGCAUUUCUGGAAUCUUGGCUGAUGAAAUGGGACUGGGCAAGACGCUCCAGACAAUCUCAUUCUUGGGCUACCUCCGUCACAUUGCCGGCAUCACAGGUCCUCACCUGAUCACGGUACCCAAGUCCACUCUCGACAAUUGGAAGCGAGAGUUCGCCAAGUGGACUCCCGAGGUUAAUGUUCUCGUUCUCCAAGGCGCCAAGGACGAGCGUCACAAUCUCAUCAACGAGCGACUUGUUGAUGAAAAGUUCGACGUGUGCAUCACGAGUUACGAAAUGAUUCUGCGCGAAAAGGCGCAUUUGAAGAAAUUUGCGUGGGAGUACAUCAUUAUUGAUGAGGCGCACCGAAUCAAAAACGAGGAGUCAUCCUUGUCACAGGUCAUCCGUCUUUUCUCGUCGCGAAACCGCCUGUUGAUUACCGGAACGCCCCUGCAGAACAACCUCCACGAGCUUUGGGCGCUCCUCAACUUCUUGCUGCCCGAUGUUUUCGGCGACUCGGAGGCUUUUGAUCAGUGGUUCUCCGGCCAGGACCGCGACCAGGACACUGUUGUCCAGCAACUGCACCGCGUUCUCCGCCCAUUCUUGCUUCGCCGAGUCAAGAGUGACGUCGAAAAGAGUCUUCUGCCCAAGAAGGAGGUCAACCUGUACCUGGGCAUGUCCGACAUGCAGGUCAAAUGGUACAAAAAGAUCUUGGAGAAGGACAUUGACGCUGUCAACGGCGCGGGCGGCAAGCGCGAGUCCAAGACAAGACUCCUCAACAUCGUCAUGCAGCUGCGCAAGUGCUGCAACCACCCGUACCUUUUCGAAGGCGCCGAACCUGGCCCGCCGUACACCACCGAUGAGCAUCUUGUCUAUAACGCCGGCAAGAUGGCUGUUCUCGACAAGCUUCUUGGAAGACUCCAGAAACAGGGCAGCCGAGUCCUCAUUUUCUCUCAGAUGAGUCGUCUAUUGGACAUUCUUGAGGAUUACUGUGUUUUCAGAGAGUACAAGUAUUGUCGCAUUGACGGUAGCACCGCUCACGAGGAUCGCAUCGCCGCCAUUGACGAAUACAACAAGCCUGGCUCGGAAAAGUUUGUCUUCUUAUUGACGACUAGAGCUGGUGGUCUGGGCAUCAACCUCACAUCCGCAGAUAUUGUCAUCCUCUACGAUAGCGACUGGAACCCUCAGGCGGAUCUGCAGGCCAUGGACCGCGCUCACCGCAUCGGACAGACGAAGCAGGUGGUGGUGUACAGAUUUGUCACUGACAACGCCAUCGAAGAAAAGGUGCUCGAGAGAGCUGCCCAAAAACUCCGUCUCGACCAGCUGGUUAUUCAGCAGGGGCGCGCACAGAUUGCGGCCAAGGCUGCCGCCAACAAGGACGAGCUGCUCUCUAUGAUUCAACACGGCGCCGAAAAGGUCUUCCAGAGCAAGGGUGCGACGGGCAACAUUGCGGCCAGUGGCGCGGAUAUUAAAGACGACGACAUCGAGGAGAUUCUGGCCCAAGGCGAGAACCGUACAAAAGAGCUCAACUCCAAGUAUGAGAAGCUGGGCAUCGACGACUUGCAAAAGUUCACCUCCGAGUCGGCGUACGAGUGGAAUGGCGAGAACUUUGCCAACGUCAAGAAGGACAUCAGCCUGAACUGGAUUAACCCGGCCAAGAGAGAGCGCAAGGAACAGUCCUACUCCAUGGAUAAAUACUUCCGGCAGGCCAUGUUUCCCAACCCCAAGGCGGACGCGAAACCCAAGGCGCCUCGGGCGCCGAAGCAGGUGCCGGUGCAUGACUAUCAGUUCUACCCCCCUCGUCUCCGCGAUCUCCAGGACAGGGAGACGGCAUUCUAUCGCAAGGAAAUCGGGUAUAAGAUACCCCUUGCAGAUGGAGAUGAGGAGACUCUGUCGGAGCGCGAGGCUGAGCGGGCGUUGGACCAGCAAGAGAUCGACAACGCGACUCCGUUGACGGAGGAGGAAAAGCAGGAGAAGGAGGAGCUGUCCGACCAAGGCUUUGGUCACUGGAACAAGCGAGACUUUCAACAAUUCGUCAACGGGUCCGGCAAGUACGGCCGCACAGAUUACGAAGGCAUCUCACAGGAGAUUGACAGCAAGACUCCGGCCGAGAUCAAGGCCUACGCCAAGGUCUUCUGGCAGCGCUACACCGAGAUUGCGGAUUACAACAAGUACCUCAAGGUCAUUGAAGACGGCGAGGAGCGGACACGGAGGAUCGAGAACCAGCGGAAACUGCUGCGCAAGAAGAUGCAGCAGUACCGGGUGCCGCUGCAGCAGCUCAAGAUCAACUACUCUGUGUCGACGACGAACAAGAAGGUGUAUACCGAAGAAGAAGACCGGUUCUUGCUGGUCUUGCUGGACCGGUAUGGCAUCGACUCGGAAGGACUGUACGAAAAGAUGCGCGAUGAUAUCCGCGAGUCGCCCCUGUUCCGCUUCGACUGGUUCUUCCUCAGCCGCACACCAACCGAGCUGUCCCGUCGAUGCACUACCCUGAUCACGACUAUUGUCAAGGAGUUUGAGGAUGUCCCGUCGCGGGGUGCCAACGGCGUGAAUGGCAAGACGAAGCGCGACCCCGAUGAGGAGAAUGACGAGGAUAGCGUGCUGGGCAUGGCCCCUGCCAAGAAGAAGUCAAAGAACGGUGUUAAGAACAAAGCUCUUGACAACGUCAAGUCGAGCAAGGCUAGCUCAGCAGCGCCAUCCAGGGCUUCUAGUGUGGCAUCGUCGGCGUCGAACGCGGGUGCCAAGUCCAAAAAGGGCAAGGGGAAGAAGAGGUGA